AACAGCUCCCGGGAAGGGAGAAAGGGAAAGCGGGGCGAGGCGCGGAUGGCGGCACAGCCUGUGGAGCGCUCAGCGGCGGCGAUGGUGCCGGCCCAGGCCUCGAGCUGUGCGGCGCAGUGAGGCGCGCUGAGUUGUGUGGUUUCACCCAUAGACUGGACGUCCUUCUGUGACCGAAGGAGCAGCGGUGAGGAGUGAGCAGAGAUCAGAAAAAGAAGGGUUGACUGUUUAUGGAGUUAUAGUAAAACACACAAACAGAGAUAAUUCUACCUUCUAGAGCGGUACACUAUCACCCAGCCAUGCCUGUAGAAGGAAAAAGUGAUAUGGAGAGGAUUGGCCUCUUCAGUGAAAUGAGCUAUAUUACCAUUGGAGAUAAAUAUGUAUCACAUUAUAUGCGCCCUUUUAAUGAAGCUGCAAGCAAGAACAGACAGAUGCUAUCUGAGGGGAGCAAAACAUUGUCAGCUCUUCAGGCAGGUUAUUUUGACCCUCAGUUUAAGAGGAUUUUCAGCGGUGAAGCCUACUCAAAUCCUGUUCAACUAAGGAGACGUUAUAGAUUGGCAGAAUCAAAGAAAAAUUUGGGCAAAGCUUUCCUUCCCAGUAAUGGAGAUAAAUUGCCAUGUGGACUAGGUAGCUAUUAUGGAACCAUAGGAGGUCCGUUUGCAUACUUCAGUGCACAACUGAAAGCCAGAGAAAGAUACAUUCCUCCUGGAAAGAAUCUUUAUACUAGUCCAGGAAAAAAAGGAACUGGAUAUGGUUAUGCAAAUCUUACUAUAGGUGAGCAAUAUCCACAUGAAGCGGAUGGCUAUGAAUUAGAAAAAAUAAUUGCAAAGAAAGCACGAGAGGAACACAAGCGUUUGGCUAAAGGAGGGCCUUUCAAGACAAAUAUGUACCCCCUGGAGUAUUUUGACAUGAAUCCCUAUUUUAACGACAAACCUUUGCCACCUGUGAAGAAACCACCUCCAGAGAAGCGAAUUGCACCACCUUUCAAACCAAGCUCCCCUGCUAAGAAGUCAGGGGGCAUGAAAGGUGGCACAUUUGAUCCUUAUCCAAGCCAUUCUGCUGACCCUUAUGUAACCAAAAAAACUAUGGCUGCCUCAUCCAGUAAAGAACAAAAGGUUUUUCAUCCUCCUCCUGGACCGAAAAGCAGACCUGUUACAAGUAUAAUCACUCAAAAUGUCUUAAGAUCAAUAAAUGUAAAGAACUACAAGACUGCAUAUGCUGCAUCUUAUUAGGUGGACUACAGGAGAAGCAUGUAGCAUGUCUGGAUGUUCUCCACCUGCUCUCUCAAGAUGAUCACAGCAGCUUUAGAAAAGGAGCAGCCACCAAUAGCUCUGUAGCUCUCACGGGAUGCAAUUAAGGUAUGUUGACUAAAUGGUUCAUCUUCUAUUCUAAAAUGCUGUUACCUGAUUUAUUUCUUUAAAAAUUUAAAAAUUCUGGACAAUAUUCAAUAUAACUUUGAAAUGGAGAGAGUGAAUGAAUAUAGGAGGCACGUGAAGGCUCCCGAAGUCUAGGCUUUUCAACUUUCACAGAAGAAUUUAAAUAAUUUACAAAGGUAAGAAAUUACAGUCUAAUUUUUUAACAUGCAUGUAUUUUUUAUUUUUUUUUUAUCUGAACGUAAAUACUCCAAAGCAUCACUUGUGCUCAGG